GUCAGCGAUGAGCUCACUAGGUAUCUAAGUACAGACCCCGAACGUGUGAAGGACGCGCUCGAGUGGUGGAAUGAUCGACGCGCGUCCUUCCCCAACCUCUCGCGAAUGGCCCUGGACUACCUCAGUAUCCCAGCUACGUCCGUCGAUCCCGAGCGAACGUUCAGCCGCGGUCGCCUUGCUCUACCGCACACCCGCAACCGACUCAGCCCUCAAAGCACGCGCGCACUGAUGUGCGUAGGCAACUGGAGUCUCGCCGGUUUCAUUCACCAGUCGGAC